ACGAGAUGAUCUGCCCUGGAGCCGCAGCAAAAUGCUGGAUGGACACCUACUCCUGGGAUGGUUGUCGUUCACAGUUAUAGUCUAUCUUCUCAACUUGCCUGGACCGACGGCUGCAUAUUUCGGGUAAGGACUGACAGACACUGAUAUUCAGUGAUGCUGAAUCCAUUGAUUUGAUUGGUUCUUUACGCAGGUAACAACUUUUUCAUCAUCUUUGAACUCUGCGAAAGUUUAUUUGGAUCCAAGUUUAUGUAGUCAAUCUACAACGAGUCAAACCCUUUACCUUUCUUAUAUUUUGAUUGUUUAAUGAAGUUCUUGACCGCACUGAUACCUGUGGGGGGUCGGAGAGGUGUCUGUACGCGGCGGUUACGCAGCGCACAGCUGGUGCAACAGCAGCUGCAGGUUGUCUGCGCACGAUCUGGCCUCGCUGUUUGUCUCCAAAAAGUAGAGUAAAAGGUAUUAAUACACUCAACAAUGUCUGUAAUAGGUAGAUGUACUCAGCAACGGAGUAAAUUUGGCCCGGUAACUCACCUCAUACUUUCCCUGACAAUUGAGCCAGCGCCCACUGAAACGUUACCCCUCUCGCGCGUAAAUAGCGUGUACUGCAGUGUGAUUAUUUUGUUGAAACAACUUGUAAAGUCAUAUCCAGAAAACAGCCGCGGAGUGAAAGGUGAGUGUAGUCUAUAUUAUGCCUCAGACUCAACAGCUGGUAACAAUAAAGUAAUCUGACUGACUGAACUGGUGGCCGAAACGUCUGCUCAGCUUGCACAGAAAAUUCCCCUAUCCAGCAUAAACAUCAGACAACUCUCUCAGGGUUUCUCUCUCUCUUUUUUUUUCUGCUGCCUCCAUCAACUUUAAAAACACCAGGAACACGUGUUAGGAAAUGAAUCUGAAACUUUUAGCUUUUCAUAACGCAUGUAAUAUUGACAAUAAUGUUUAAUUCUGUGGGAGUAUGAGGGUGUUGAUUUCAAAGUCAGUCAUUCCCAUGCAGGGAACGCCUUGGGUUUUUUAGGUGUAGCCCACUAUGACCUCCACUUCAGAGAGGCUGUUAAUUCACUGAACCCUGGUUUGUCUGCUCACCUAGACGGCACUCUUGUUAUUUUCUGUCUCAGUCAAAAUCAAACAAACAUAUACACAUAUUCAUUUAUUUUCCCUGCAGUAAAGCAAUCCUAGUACAAAUGAGGUCAGCAUGUCAGGGGGGUGAGGGCAGUUGAGUUUCACCUGGAACUGAUGAUCUUAAGGUAAAAUAACCUCCAAAAGACGUUGAUAUUUUUGAAGUUGACAGAACAUAACGCAUCUGAAUACCAUGAGAAAGCGUCUGGGGUUUUCCUGUAGCUCUAUAAGUAUCUGUGUUGAUGGGUGUUGUUAGUGCUCUCCUUGGCUGGGAGCAGUGUAGACACACAUAGAGACAAAUGGCUGUGGACUGCGGAGUGAUGACACUUGAAGCCUUUCCAGCAGAGUCAAAUUUAUGGGAGGUAUGGGUGUUGUGCAGGAUCCAGGAGUGUUAGGUGAUCUGGGAACUGUUGUGAAUCUGCAAGAGAGCACAGACAGUGUACCCUGAGGGCCUGUUAGACUGGUCGACCCUUUAGAAGGAUGGAUUGGCUGGUCUGAAUAAGGUUUGGCGGUUUAAAGGAUUGCCUAAAUAGCUUUAAAAAGUCCCGAUAAGUAUUGAAAAUGAAUGUUUGGACCAUUUUGAAAGUUAUAGUCGCAGGUUUUUCACUUCUCCGGGCGAAUGUUGUUCUCUUGGGACAUUGAGGAGAUGCAAACAUGCUGGAUUGGCCUUGAAGUAACUUUGUGCGAUGGACAAAUCUCAGCCCUUCUCAGUGAAAUGUCAUCACCAAAUGCUCAGGCGCAUAUCAAGCACUUUGUCUGUCUUUGGUUUCAGCUCUGAAGUUCCAUUAGAAGGACAAAUGUAACCCAGCUCUUCCUCUGUUUCUAUCCGCAGGAGUGUCGCCCUUUGCGGUUAGUAUGUAUCAAGCUUGACGUGCCAAAUCGCAGUGAUCCUAAAUGGUAAUGCAUAUUUACCUGUUCAGUUAGCUCUUGUUUUCACUGCGGCCAUUGUGGCAAAAGAGAGAGACACGUGGAAUUACAAUAGCUUAGAUUUUUUAUUCUGUGGUCUUCGAGGAGGGAAUAUGAAUGAGUGUCAGUGAAUGAUUUAGCCCUGCAGCUGAGGAACACAAAACACACUGAGAGUGCCUGCACAGGUGACACAGAUUCAAAAUGUGACCGCCCCGUGGCCAACUUCCCAGAAACUCAACACCAGUGACACUCGGGCACAGUCCUGACUGCGGGACACACUCACACAAAACCUGUGCAAAUAAAUAUUCCACGAGCACGAGGCAUCCCAGGGCCUCUUGAGUACUGAUUUACUCAAAAUAGAGGGUCAAUGUUGCAUACCCAAUUUCCAGAGUGCGGUGGAGCGUAAGUGUAACAUAAACACAAUCUCUCCUGCCCAUAGUCUGCGCAGUCGAGGGUGGGGUGGGAUUCCUGGCGUAGUCAAGCACCCGCUUAAAUUGUCAUCCUUUGCCACAAGAAUGUGAGCGCUCAUUUUCUCUCCCUCAGCCCGCUGUGGCAGGUGCUGGUCAUGCUAAAUCUGUUAUCAUUUGACUUUGAAUUGCAGAUACCUUCUCAGUUUUCCGUGCUUGACUUAAUAGGUAACAGCACCUUGAUGAGAUAUUGCAUAAACCGUCUGAGGAGGAAGUGAUUUGCAUGCUUGUUUGAUCCUCUCAGAGUGCACUCAGGCAGCUCUGUUGGUUUAAAUUUGAGUUUUGGUGAAAGGCAUGCCAUUCUGUGGUCUUGUAAAGUGUCCUGAAUGCGAGUCCUAACACUGAGUCAAGAGUUUGUUUUUAUUUAGUUCAUCUGCGACACAUACAGGAAAGCUGCCCACAGUCAUGCAACUGGGAUUUACCUGUCACCAAGGCAACCGCAGCAUCCGGAAGGAGCAAAUAUAGCGGUUGCUGUUUAAUUACUGCAAUAUCCUGAAACUUCUCUCAUCAGCCUGGUCGUGGAGUGGAGCUGCUGCCCUAUCAGAUGGCAUCAUUGUUUUCAGCGCUCCAUUAAGCAAGGAAGUACGCCAAAAACAACAGGAUAACAACGGGGAUGUGUGUAAAUUUACAGAGGAGGAGGCAUUUCUCAGUGUGCAGCUGUAAAAGCUUUUUAUCACUCUGCUGAAUUAGCUCCUGGUGUGCAUCAAACGGCCGCGUGUUUUAAAGUUUAAAGGCUCCUCAUGUUUUUUAUCCCGGCAAAGAAAUGUUACAAGUUGUUUUUAAAGCAGCUCCAUUUAAACAGAUCCUCUGGUUCCCUCCUCUCUCGCCUGUCUGCUGGUUCGUCUGCUUCAUGUGCGUGCCGGCAUCCCUGCAGCGGUUUGUGGGGAGCUGCUGGGUGAUUACCACUCAUUAGGAGCAGCAGAGUUAGUGCGGGCUCAGGCUGGCGUUGCCUGGCAGACAGUGGUGGCGGGCGUCUCAUUACUGGGGCCUUAAGGACUGAUUAGGCCUGACGGGCAGCAGGGCGGGGAGCACCGCUGAUAGAGGGAUUUCCCAACUUCAUAGGAUAUCCUGCAGCUAUAGCCACACCUCAAAGGGUAUCACUUUACUGUGAGCCAAGUAGAUAGGAUUCUCUCAGCACAGGCGCUGUGACCGUGGAGCGUGGUGAGAUCAUGCAGACCUGCAGGCUUAGAUAACAGGCCUGUGGAAAAGGAGAGCUUUGUUUUCUUUAUAUUUCUGUUUGAUACAUCUGGAUUAGAGCUGAGCCGGGCUUUUACUUUGAGUUCUCUGCUCUGGUACGUCCCCGUAUGAUGGAGAGGCCUGCAGUGCCGGGUGGAUGCCACAGGAGGGUGCAGCACCGUGUGAGAGAGAAGGACGCUCCUCAAUCAGCACUUUGUGACCUUUCAGUGUAACAGGAGGAGAGUGGGAAAUGAAAUGUGAAAACGUUAAAUUUAAAGGCAGCCAGGUCAGAGUGAAAAUAAAUUAGGGAAGAAAAAUACUGUUUUUUUUUUUUUUUUACAUGUGCUUACAGUUGUGGUUAGUGUGCAUGACAAGUUCAAAGUGUCUUUCAACUUCAGCUCAGGAGCAAAACUGCAGCUGUCUGCACAGGAUACCGUGUUUGAUGCACAGUGCUUUUAUUUAUUUUACAGGUUGAAUCAUCAAAAAUCCCUGAGAGGAGUACGCAUCUUUGUUUUGAGGGUUUUAGUGGUGAUCAGAGUGAGUUUUUAGAGGAUUUAAAAUGUAUAAUUACAUGUCUUUGGAAUAUUUGUAAGGAUCACUCAGUUUGGUAUAUCUCUGAAAAAUGUUUGGCCAACUCUCCUCGUGUCAUCAGCACGCCAAAAAGACCGCGGCUAAGACAUAUUUGAUUUUAAUGGACUGCUCAAAGGGUCAGCUGUGCAUUUUUAUUGGUGGAUAGUUGAAGACAUGGAAGGAAAUUCUUGUUCGAGGAAACUCUUGUUGGUGAAACAUGAUGAUCUUUGCAGAUGGAGCAGGAGACAUGGGCAAUUUGCAAAACAGGAAAACUAAUAAAGGCUCAAGAUACAUUUAGUGGUCAGGAAUUGAUGAGAUGAUGCUAGUUAGAGUAACCACUACGUCCUGUGUUUUCCAUCAUUGACCACAGGCGUUUUUCUCUGGGAAUAGAAAAGACCUGGCACCUCACAUGUGCCAAGUUUAGCCGAUAGACAAACCCUCACUUAGACUGCUGGAGAAUAUCAACAUUUCUCAUGUCAAACUUUAUCUUUUUUUUUUUUUGCAAGUUUGGAUGAUUUAAAACGUGUCUUUUUGCAGCCGCCUAGAUACAAUCUCAGUUUUUUAUUCCAUGCACCUGUAUGAGGAGAUUUACAAUUUCAUAAAGGAUGAAAGAAAGUGGACCAUCCCUUUUAAAAACUUUUGCAGCACUUUAUCAGAAUGAUCAUCUUGCAUAAACACACUCCUAUGGAAGCCUGACCCGGCAUGCACUCAGAUACUUCCCUCGAUUAUGUGAGUUUGCAAAACGGAUAUUAUGAGCUGAAGUGAAGUUUGACCCAAAAAAGCAUUUUUGAGCUUUAGUUUUAGGAUGGACACAGGCAGACACUCACUGACAUGGAUGGGCCUGGGCAUGGCGAAUGCUCUUUGCUGUGAUUAACCCUGGAGGAGAUUCUGUUUAGGUGGAAAACUUGCAUGACUUUGAACGAGUUACUGCUGCUUUAAUCAUCAGUCAAUUGUCAGGAAACCAUCUUUUUUACUUCAGGCCAUAAAUAAGGCGUGCUUGUUCUCGGAAAGUCAUGCUUUUAAAAUUAACAACACAUCCCAUCUUUGUAAAAACACCAUGACAGCGAGUGUUUGAGCUUCGGUUUAUCACAGCAGAUCAAAUACAUGUUGCAAUUUUUGAUUUUCAGAUUUUAGCCGUGUGGGUCUUUCAGGCAAAAACCUAAUCUGUUAGUAGUGCGAGUAAAUAACUGCUAAUAUACCCAGCCACUUGCAGUUACUGAGGCAUGAGCGAUUCAAAACAGCUACUGUUUUGUUUUGGAUUUUGUGGUUUGACUCUGCAUGCUCAGUUUAUUCUCACAAGUGCUUUCGCCCAGCAUAUGAGGAGUGAACAAAACCUGGCGUUUCCAGUCGCUGCACAAUUUCCAAUAUCUGCUUUACAGAAUUACACCAAGUUUAGAGUCUAAGUGUUUUGCUCUCUCACCAAACAGCCGCAGUCUGGGUCUUGUGUCAGCAUGUGCGAACCGGUGCGAGCGGCGUACAGUAUGUGUGCCUGAACGUGUUUGGUACAGGGUUGCUCAGUGCCAUGGUGUAGGCUAGAACAGGGGAGUCAUGUGGACACCGCUGCGCGCCCAAUCUGUGCCAGUCACACAGUGACUAUAACUGAGCUGCUGACCUUAGAAGCCUUGAGUUCUCACAUAGCAGUUAAACCUCUUACCAUGCCCCACACUCCCCUUCCCAAACCGGCCGUCCUGCAGUCCCACCGCUCAGCUACCACCAGCGCUUGCAUGCACGGCUGUGGAUUAAAAAAUUAGGCUAAAGUAUAACUUCCCCCCUUUUUUUGACAGCAGAAAUAGAAAAAUGUUUAUGUAGUGGAAAAGAAGUGAGUCAGAACAUGUUGACUUUAAAGAAAAUUUAAUGCAUCUGUCAUGCACAUUUAAAGUCUCCACAGAGGACACGAACAGGAACUUGACCUGAUCAGUCAAUUACAGGGAGUAGUCUGACAUGGCCUGUGUGGGUUGUAAAUGACCAAAAGGGACAGCAGAUGAUAUAACAUUGGGUCAUUUCCUGUUAAGUCAUGCAAGAUAGCGAACUUUUCCCCCUCUCACAUUGUGAAUAGCCGCACUUCUAGAUGUUGCAUGAAAUCCCCACUAUGCAGAAAGGCUCAUUACUCAACCAGUAAUGACUUGGUAAGUCUCAGGCCUGCAGGGCUGCUUUGUUUUCAAAGUCGUUUUGUCAUGUUACUGUACUGUGUCAGUCACAGCUUGUUAGGAGUAGUCACAACACCCCCUGCUUUCAACCGGUGACUAAUCUUAUCUUAGCCUCAUACAUAAUGCUUUACUCUUUCCCCUAUUUCUGGUUUUAAAGGCUUGGAGUGUGAGCAGUGUCACCAAGGCUGUCAAGGAGAAAAUGUCCGAGUUUUUUGACUCGUUGGAGACGAUACAAGAGCUGGAGACUCUGUGUUCCAGAGAGACAUCGAACCCUGAUUCACGGUUUCUUCAAUUAUUCACGUUUUUAGAUUUAAGCUGUGGAGAACAUUGUCAGCCAUAGUUAGAGUGGGCCCAGAGGGAAAACACCACACACACACACUCACUCACAUUCCUACAACCUCUGGCAUGGCUCGGGCUGUGAUACACCAGAUGGGACUUAGGCAGGGUGGUCUGAAGUUCAUCCAACAUUUCUGAGAAAAGCACACACAUUUUCCCCCCCAAAAGAAGCAUUUUACUCACAGCUAAGGAGGGGGAGGAAAAAAAAUGAAAUUGAGAGCGGAGAUCAGCAGUAGUGAGUUUAAAUUCUUCCAAACACUCUUUAGAUUUUUAAAAACAUAAACAGAUUUAUCUCAGGUGUGCUUAGCGGUUUGUCUUCCUGACACAUGGACAUGUCUGUCAUUGUCUGGUGAAGGUCACAUUCACAGACAGCAGUGGUUUUGUCUAGGAGAGGUGUUGUUUUGAGCCAACAGCUGGGCUGUAUGAUUGGCAUACGUUUGGAGUAACUGACCGGUGGGAAUAGAGGAAGGUCGAAGAAGAGGGGGAAAGGAAGAGGAGGAGGAGGAGGAGGAGGAGGAGGGGGGUACAUUGUGAUGUAGGUGACACCAGACCACACAACCUGCAAGUCCAGACCGAGGGAGAAACUGCAGCUUUUGUGCUUUUUCUGCCUGGACGCAUUCAGCCAUGACUGACUCUUGUAGGUGUUGACUUAAGGUAAUAAGUGCCUGUAUGCAUGUGCAUAUGCACGCAUGCACACACACGUGUUCAUUUAGCUGCAUAUACAAACCAGCACCUGUUAGUCAAGUGGACAGGAGAAAAUAAACAGACACUGGCUGAAAAUCAGAAAAACACUUUUUCUCAUCUCAGCUGUUUUCCUUCUUAUCUCCAGAUUUGAAAAAUAACGCCGUGAUAGAGAUAUGCGAGCUUUGGUAACUUGAUGUUGAUGUUUCAGAAAUGUAGAUAGAUUUUGUAAGAAACCAGACUAAUGAAAGCCUUUCAUUGGGAAUCAUGAAAGCACUGAUCAUAACUUGGGGUGAAUAAAUUAAAUAGGACAACUUGAGAAAGAUAGAAAAUGUGGAAAGAGAGAGAAAGAGGGGGAUAACAUGCAACAUAUCAUGUGCAAUGAGGACUACAGCCUCUCUGCUGAGCUAAAUCAGUUCCCUUACUUUGAACAUUAUUGAUUGUAGGUACUGGAUGGGAAUUUUUCUGGGUUAUUUCAGUGGGUUGUGCAGAUAUUGCAGAUAACAUACUGUCGAAAUAGUCUCUAAAGUGAGUAAAAAUCAGAGCUUUAUCGUGGAUUCUAAGAAAUGAGAGUUAAAAAAAAAGUUUCAUGUCAGGUUUAACAAACAUCGACCAGCUGUGACAUUAUGAACACGGGCAACCUAAUGUAACAGCUAUACCAUAAAUUCCACUUUUAUGAUUCUUUUGCCUUUUCAGUUUUUGAUGACAUGUUCUUAAAAUUAAUUGCUGAAGUUGUAGUGGGUGUUGGUCGUGGGUGUUCUACUCUCUCUGAUGGGCUGCUUUGCUCUUACAGUUCAUGAAACGUCAUCAGUAUUAAAUUCAACGUAUUUUACUAGCUGCUUAAAAAACUCACAGGAGCCUCGAGUUUUUGUUGAUGCAAUUGAGCAGGUGCAGCUCUGAAGUCCAGACAAAUUUCCCCAAAGGAAUCGUAUCGUAUCGGUAUUGUAUCGUAUCGUUUUGUAUCGUAUCAUUGUUUUAUAUGUUUGUGCUAUGAGCUUAAAUCAGCUGCUGUAUUAUCCAAUUUGAUGCUACAGGUACUCUUUUUUUAUGUCGAAUUACUAAUUAACCAUAAAAUCAAUCCUUACAACAUCCUAUAUCCAGGGUGACAUCAAUUUUAGGUUCCACCAGGAGUUCAAAGCAAAGGUCCCCAACCGUUCAUGAUCAAAAAAAGUAGCACCACCUCUUUGUUCUGAAAGCUGCAACCAGCGAUUAACACAUUUUUCCAGCACUACAUCUAAUGUAUGUUAAGUUUUCUGCCCUGACUGCUUUAGCCUGCUGAGAUUAAUCCAUACCACAUGGCCUGAGCUGCCAUUGUAUAUAUAUGUGCUUGUUUGAGUACAUGAAUAACUCCAUCAGUUAUGGAGUAAUGUGCAAUUGUUCCCAAUACACAAAGCAGGCACUUUAAUAAAGCCAAAAGCUUGAGGUAAUAGAGGUGACAUGUUUUCCAAUAACUUAAAGUUUAGGUAAUGUCACACUCCCUUUACUAUUUGCAAACCAAACCAGGCAAGAACAAGCAGAGGUACCAGCUAAGGGUCACUUCCAGGGCUGUAAUGUAAAGCCAGAGGAGGGGGUGAUGAAGGCGAAGUUUAGUGCUAGUCAAUGAUUUCCUCCAGGGAUCGACCGUGAGGCUCCAGGGUGUGAAAUGAACCGUUUUCACUGAACCCUCUGCGUUGGAAAAUGUAUAUAAAGUAAAUGUCACAGGCAAUGGGAGGUGCUGACAGGUGGAGAGAAAGGCCUAAACAAACUGCAGUCUUACCAAGUGAAAGACGGAGGAGGAGUAGGAGGAGGAGAGUGGGUCAGCGAUGUCUACGAGGAGUGUGUACAAGCGAGUGUGCUGCGAGUGGAACAAAAAGCAAAGCUGAGCAAACAUCAGCAGGAAUCCCACCUCACAUAGGAUAAUAAUGAGUUUUAUACACGUGUUGGUGUUAUAUUCCACGAGUAAUUGGUGUUGCUGUGCCAACACUUCCAACAACCCCUCAAACAAAAACACCUACACAAAAUGGUCUGUGAUGUGAAAACAUGGACGUACUUGUUAAUAGUGUGUAAUAGUGGGAAAGGAUGUUAUCUUUAUCUGUGUAUCGAGCAGAUUUGUUUUGAUAUGGCUCUUGCUCUCGGUUAAGCAUUUUAGUUAUGUUCUACACAUCAAUCGUUAGAUGGACAUUUUGUGUCACAGAAAUAUUUAUUAUUGGUUCAUAGUUUAGGAUUGGGGAUCAUAUCUCACCUUUGACUCUGGACAGAUGGAUACAGAUCAUUAAAUUAAACAAAUUUACAAGUACAACAUUUUUAACAGUACCAGAGUGAUCAGGAUUUGCUUACUUUUACUCGUAACUUUCAGAAAUAUGUGAAAAUAGUUCAACAGGAGAUCUACUCAUGGUUUCUUACCUCGCUGUCAGAGAGUGUCAUAUAUGUAGAGUCAUAGGGUCAGGGAAAGAUGCACUCAGACAAUAUUAUUUGGGAUGAUCAAAUCUGAGUGCAUUAUUUGGGAUAUUUCAGGGGUGCCAACUUAGUUUAUAUACAAGGUGGACAGCCACUUGUGACCCUUUGCUGUAUAGUCCACCCUAUCCUGCCACUGUCCUGCAUAAAAGCCCAUUUCCCCACAAAACAGCAAAAAGUUACUAGAUAUUACAGCUGAAGAGAAAUGUUUGAAACCUGCGUCUGAUACUGUAUUUCUUUGCCUGAACAACUGCCGACACAGAAAUGACUUUUACAACUGAUACCACUGAACAGCUUUACAGAUGAAUUGCACAUUGUUUUUUCCAAAUAGCAGCGCUCUUUCAGCCAGCAUGAGUCGUAGCAAGUAAAAUAAGUCAGCAUCUGCCCAUCACACAUUUAAAGCUUGUUCAACUAUAAUCACGAAAAAGGCGUUUUUUCACUGUUUGUCUGGUCGAUGUUUAACAAAGGCUUCCGUCCUGCAUGAUUACGUUCCCGGUAUUUCUUGCAUCUUUUCCAUAUGACAAAAAGGCAGUAAUACUAAAAUGCACAGAACAGAGCAUUUGUGUUUGGAGUAAGUAAUUCUACGACAGGUUCUCUGUGGUACAGUUUUAAUCUGUAUUUAUAGAGAAAAUCUGUUACACAGCCCUGAAACUCUAAGUUGUUCAUAAAUGCAUAUUACUGAAGGACUGUGGUCAUGCCGUUAAAUCAAAGUGACAGUAAAAUAUCUGUCUCUCUAAAUCAUCAGUAAAUUUCCCCUCAUAAAGGGGACAUGAUUUAAAUAUUGUCCCAAAUUUUCAGUGAGAAACUCCUGAAUUUUCCAAGUUGACAUGUUGAUUCUGCAGAUGCUUGUUUUUCUUUCUUUUCUCAUAAGUGCGAUCAUCGUUUUUGGAAAACACAACCUUGAUGUUCAAUUUGACCCAGGAUUUCAAGUUCAGAUCUGUAAUGACUUUCGUGAUCCAGCCAUGACUCUGUUUUUGUAAUUCUCCGUCUCUCGCUGCGAGUUGAUCGAGUUCAUGCUCCUGCAAACAGCGGGGUGAUAUUUUUUUUUUUUUGCAGAUCAUCAUGUAGGAAUGUGUGACCUUUUGGAGUGACAGAAGUACAGCAUCCAGAGAAAAUGUUGUCUUUAAUAUCCAGAUCAUUUUAAAUUAAAGAGAAUGAUUGAACCUGCUCUUUAUCUUGUGUAAAUAAAACAGGACAUCUGAUGAUUAUGAGAUUUGUAAAGGGUAUCAAAGUGGGAAAAUGCAGAAAGGAGUUCGCCUUAGCCAGAAGAGUCUUUUCAGGAGACAUUAAGUGUUUCUCCGCUCUCAAAUCUCCCCUCUUCACUUCGCCCCCCGGCUGUCUGUCUCUGUAACUGGCAAGAAAAAUGCCUUUGUGUAAAAAAGCUGCAGAGACAGUAGCGCUGAGAUCAGUGUCAUGUCAUUUUUGGCCUCCCUCCAGCAGUGCUCAGACCAUCUUUGUGUCUCAGACAGGCAGACGUCACACAGACAGUUGAGGUCUGUCACUCUGACGGUCUGGCAGGCAUGGGGGCUUCUGGGGGAUUUGCACGAAUUCAAAUUACCGAGCAUGUCUGCUUGAGGAAUGUCCACGUCACUUUAAUGGAAUUGAGUAACCCAAGACUUCCAUUUCUCGUUUGUAUCUCUGUCGAAUUUCAAAUUAAUAUAGAUUUGUAAUAGCAAUAACAGACACGCGGCGUUUCCAUCCAUCAGUUCAGUCAAGUUUUAUUUAUUCAGCGUGGAAAGAAAAAUGAUUAUUUCAUGACACUUCACCGAAAGACCCAACAGUUAUCCACCGGUGAGGGUGACAGUGGUGAGGAAAAACUUACGAUGGUAUCCUGAGCCUUGAGCAGAACCAGACUAAUCUAUGAGAAGCCAUCUGCCUUCACUGAAUGCUCCUUUAAAGUGAGAAAGAGGGUUCGGCUGAAAGGAAGAAAUCUGAAAUAUUUCUGGGAUGUUUCCUGGACUCAUGGACUCAGGCAGGUACUCCACGUGGCGCCAUCAUCUAAUGCCUGACUGCCUGCCUGCCUGCCAGUAAUGUUGUGAAACGCUUGUCAGUCAAAUGUAACUUUCUGGGUCAGCUGAAAUAGUUUGUUUUGGCACUUGGACUAUAUUUCUUGUUUGAUUGCUCCAUGUAUUUUAACAAAGCUCAACACCAAUCGGAUGAAAUAUCCCAGAGAGACACACACCUUAUGUCUUGUGUUGUCCUCGCUCGGUGCGCCUCUAACCAUGCAUUUUUUUUUUAACUCUAAGUGUGUUGGGAGAGCGAUCUCUGUCAAGACACAGCUUGCCAGGUUUCCAUUUCCAAACUCAGAGCUGUCAGACAGGUUAAAGAAAGGCAAACACGCUUUGUAAAAAGGAAACCGUUUUACCCAAUCUGAAAGCAAAUCCCGAUGCCUCCUUUUUGAUUCGACUGCUGGGAUUUUUAACCAGGCUGUGAAUGCAUUAUGAAGACAGCGUCUUACAGCAUGUGCAAACUAUUAAGCCCAUUGCUAUGAAAGUGAGGACUCCAGGGGUCACUUACAGGACUUAAUAAAACAUAUCUUUUGUUGAUGAACUGCCUUGACCCUUUGCGAGAGGAUGAAGUGAAUAUGAGCGGUGACAGAAAAUUCUGUUAAAAAGGGUGAUGAAUUAAAAAACGUAAGUAAUGGAGAUCAGCAAUCAUCACAUAUGGUUUAUUAACUAAAGAGGUGUGGACAUCCAACAGGCGCUCCGCAACUUAAUGAUAAUAUUGUGGAAUCAUUUCUAUUACAGCUCCGUACUGAACCAAACUGUGUGUGUGGUUUGGUUACUCUUGUCCGUAUUGGAUUUGUCUGAAAUUAAACAGCUGUUUUUGUACUUUUUAUAAGCAAAAAAGAUGGAUACCUAAUCACGAUUAGUCUGGAGUUUCCUUAUAAGACAUGUACUACUCCAUAGGUGAGUGAAAAUAUAUGUUUGUCGGACCAAACUAUAUUCUGAGAUAUUCAAACUCAUCGUGAGAUUCUUCAAUCUUCGGUUUUACAAUAUUUUUAAAGAGAGAGAAAAAAAAGGGUUAAACAAUGGAGAGAGAAUCAACAGAUAAAAUGUCUGCAUUAUGUCUAUGCAAACUAAGUCAAGGUGCGUAAAAGUCCAUCUCCAAGGACUUGUGCUUUUGUGACUUGUGUAAAGCCGUUUAUUCCUCAGUUUCACUUUAAGGGUGUAAAGGAGGCCAGAAAUUCCACAUAAUGAACAACUAUGGUGCCAGUCCUGUCAGAUGGUGUGACCGAAAUGGUCACAGUCUGACAGUCAUGUCCCCUGAGUGUGUGCUUAUGAGAGUAAUGCUCUGCUCUCCCCAUCACAACCUCAGAGCGCUGGUCGUGGGUUACACCAGCUAUGUGGCAGUCGUUUCUUUGUGUGUUUUUUAUACACUUCCCCUAAAUAAACUGAGGAGAGCCAGUCUACCACAUGUCCUGUAUACCGUGUUUAGACUCAUUUCUUUUGCUUGUUCUGUGUCAAAUUGAUUGCAUCUGCGUCCUGGUGACUUGACUUUUGCUUUUGGUUUGGACGAUGAGAGUGUUAAUCCUGCGGUGUGAGCAUAUAUACAUCUAGACUGUGAUACCCCACAGGAUAUGAUGCAAUUAUUAAACCAUGUUUUAGCUGGAUGUCGCAACAUGUGCAUGUGGCAUGACUGUGUCCUUACUAUUGAUUCAAAUAUGCCCUCCCAGCUAAAUGUUUUAUUACUUCAUUUUGUGCCUCAUAAUUCGAUUGUAACGUAAAUCUGACAUUUUCUAAGAUUCACAAUGCUCCAAAGACUGUCUGCUCUGACUUAAAUAUUGUGUGAAGUCCAAAAAAAAGGGAUUGAAUAUCGUCAGGAUCUUCAUAAGGAGAGAAAGAACUCGUGCACCUCUGCAGAGAGUACACACAGACACUCCUGUGCAGGAGGUUGAUCUUAAUCUCCAGCAAAUGUUGAAUUCCCCUGAACAUUAACCACUGAACAGCUGAAUCCAUCUGAACAUUAACCAAACGUCUGAGCAUUAUAUGCCCUUUCAGACUUCCUGAGCUGUUUAUGUAGUAUAUCUCUGUUACUUAAACUGUUUAUCCAGGAAGGUCGGCAUCCUGGUCUUUAUUGGAACCUUUUAUCAAGAUAUAUCCUCUACCUCCCUGUCCCUGUGUUUUAUUUGAACUGACCGGAGGGUGUCUGUGAUCUCUCUCUGCAGGUUGACAGGUAAUGAGCCGUUGUCUAUCCUGCCUCUGAACUCUCUACCAGAGGAGAACGUGGGCAGGGCCCACUACAAGCUGUGCGACCGGCUCAAACUAGAAAAGAAGCAACGCAGGAUGUGCAGACGAGACCCGGGCGUGGCCGAGACCCUCAGAGAGGCCAUCACCAUGAGUGCCCUAGAAUGCCAGUAUCAAUUCCGCUUCGAGAGAUGGAACUGCACCCUAGAGGGGCGCCAUCGAGCCAACAUACUAAAGAGAGGUACGAGUUUGGCAAACGUUGGCUUUAUUCUCUUUCUCUUUAGUCCCUGUUUGGGGUUAGAAGCCAUUUUUAUUCCACCCAUAAUAAUGAUGGUAUUUGGUCUGUGUUUCCCUUUGUUUUUAAGGAUUUAAAGAGACAGCCUUCUUGUACGCCAUCUCCUCGGCGGGCCUGACUCACGCGCUGGCCAAAGCUUGCAGUGCGGGACGCAUGGAGCGCUGCACAUGCGACGAAGCCCCAGACCUGGAGAAUCGAAAAGCCUGGCAGUGGGGGGGCUGCGGAGACAACCUCAAAUAUGCAAACAAGUUUGUUAAGGACUUCCUGGGCAAACGCUCCAACAAGGACCUGCGUGCGCGUGUCGACAUGCACAACACAAAUGUGGGCAUGAAGGUGAGUGUGGGAUCUCCCCGUUACACAAUCACUAUAAAUAAUUAAUUCUCUGGUUACCUUUUGACCCAUUUUAAACUCCAGCUCAUCGCCAGCCUUUGUUCAAUCAUAGACACCGGAGAAUUACAUUUAUGGAUUUAUUAGUGGGUCAUCUUUGGAGAGAGAUGAAACAAAACAUCUCCAUGAAAGCUGGGAAAGGAAAACUGAACUGACUGAAGUAAUUACCAGUGAAAAUUCGAUGAAAUCUGAAAGUACUCAUUAGUCAAGAUGUGGUUUUCUUUCCUAGAUUAGAUAAACUUUGGCAUUAGCUCUCUGGCACAUUUCAGUGUUUUUUCAUGCUGAACAAGUCUAAUUGCAUUUUGGGAGUAUGUUUUAUAGUAAGAUUACAAAAGAAAAAGGGAAUAGUCGAAAUCCCUCCAGCCAAAGCAAACUUAAGAUCAGAAAUCUGCUGCAUUUACUGAGCUCCCCUCAUACUUAAGCUAUUCUCAUUUUGGUUUCAGAAUGAGUUAUAGCAGAGGCACACUUCCCAAAAGUUUGCAGACACACAACUCUUCCAUUAGACCAUCGCAGGCUCUUCCUUUUCAGCUUGGCUCUCAAAGAUAAAGUCUCUCUGGAGAUUUUGUUCGCGAUAAAAGAUUUACAACAUUAUUUUUGCUCCUCUUUUUUUUUUUUUUGGUGAUUCACACGUGUCGUGAGGUGUACCACAUUUUGCUCAGGACAAAUUCCCACACUGAGAGCAAAAGAGGAAUGUGCAAGCAUCUGCAGCCCCCCGACAUUUAAAAGCUGACCUAUCAAAUUUUCUUGACCUGCUGGUGUGAUGAAUAUGCACUUCCUGUUCCCCCCAAUCUCUUUCACAGUCUGAGAAAAGAGCUGCAGACUCUAUUCGACCCCCGUCUCAGACAAUGUGUUCUUGUCAUUGAUUUUUGCGCACGCGCUGCUUUUAUAUUGUGGUCGGUGCACAUGUGAACUUUGGCUGACCACUAAAAAGGUCAAGGAGAGUGUUGUGGUCAUGAAUGCUGAGUAUCUCAAGGUGACACCUGCUUUUAUGUUUGAUUUUGUAAAGGAGACGACUUUUCUUACUAUUCUCCUUCUUUCUGUCAUGACUUUGGCAAAACUGUGUGGCGACACUAUGAACACACCAGACGAUGGGGUUGAUGGACUCUAGGUUUAGAAAACAUAUUAAGAGGAGAGAGACAAGAAUAGCAUCCAGUGUUUUCUAUUUUUUUUGCAUAUUUCUCUGAGCUGAUUGUAUAUGAGAGAAAACUUCUACCAAAUUGCGCCUCACUCAUGAUAAUAGUGUUUAUUAUACUAUUAAAACAGAUCCAUCCUCCCUCAAACACAGCCUGUCCCUCUUUUAAGACAAAGUGGUCUAUUGUCGUCCAUAGAAACUAUGUUUAAGUUGGUUUAUAUGGAAUAUGUGAGGACUGUUCCCCCUUUCAUUAUAAUAUCAAAAAGAGCAGUGAUUGUUAUAAUUUUACAUUCCCCUCUAAACCACGGCACUCAACUCUAAUUAUCUAACUAUGAGUGUGUUUUGGUAAUAAAGGACUUUGAAAUACUGUUUACCAAACAAAGUUGAAGAGCUUUUUUCACAUUCCUGUGAUAGUUCAUGGCGGUGACGGUAUUUUCUGUUUCUGUACCAGGUGAUCAAAGCUGGAGUGGAGACCACUUGUAAGUGCCACGGUGUCUCUGGCUCCUGUACAGUCCAGACCUGCUGGAGGCAGCUCCAACCCUUCCACGAGAUUGGCAAGCAGCUCAAGCAGCGCUACGAGACCUCCAUCAAGGUCGGAAGCUCUACCAACGAGGCCACAGGAGAAGGAGAGAUCUCCACAGGCCGGAGCCAGCAGCAGCAGCAGCAGCCGCAGCAACCCCCUCCUGGGCUGAGUGAUCAGAUCCCUCGCACCAUGGACCUGCUCCACAUUGAGGACUCGCCUAGUUUCUGUAGACCCAGCAAGUACUCGUCAGGCACGGCAGCCCGCAAGUGUUACAAGGAUAAGAACUGCGACGCAAUCUGCUGCGGGCGAGGCCAUAACACGCAAAGUAGGGAGGUGACCAGGCCCUGCCAGUGCCAGGUGCGCUGGUGCUGCUAUGUCGAAUGCAAGCAGUGCACGCAGAGGGAGGAGGUUUACACCUGCAAAGGGUAAACCAGUCGACUUCAAGGAUCUGUGGAGCACAUAAAAGAUGGCUGUGUCAGAAGAGU